GCCGCACACUUUGUGGAAGUGCUCUGUGUAUCCCAUUUGUGUAUAGUUCGGCGUGAUUGUGAAGGUGUGGUGUGUCUGUUUAUCUGUACCCCGAUUCCUGUUUUUAGAGCUCAUAGGAAGUUGCUUUCAGCUUUUUUCACGGGGAAGAACGAUGUCGGGACAAUCGCUGGACGAGCAGAGCGCCCGUCUGUACCGUAUUCGGAAGACCGUGAUGGAGAUGCUGCGGGAUCGCGACUACGUGGUGGCAGACUAUGAGCUCACGCUCUCCAAGGAGCAGUUCCGGGAGAAGUACGGAGACGAGCCGAAGCGAGAGGACCUUGUGAUUCAAAAACCUAGACGGUCCAACAACGCUGAACAUAUUUUUGUCUUUUUCCCAGAAGAAGCUAAGGUAGGAGUGAAGACGAUUAAGACGUAUGUGGAUCGUAUGAAGACGGAGAAUGUGCACAGGGCUAUUCUCGUUGUGCAGCAGAACCUCACACCGUUUGCAAGACAAUGUGUUAGUGAGAUGGCAAGCAAGUAUCACUUAGAAGUGUUUCAGGAAGCAGAAUUGCUCGUCAACAUAAAGGAGCAUGUUCUUGUUCCAUUGCACGAAGUGUUGACUCCCGAUGAGAAGAAAACGCUGCUUGAGCGCUACACUGUGAAAGAAACGCAGCUUCCUCGGAUGCAAGAGAAUGACCCUGUAGCACGCUACUAUGGUCUUAAGCGGGGCCAAGUGGUGAAGAUUAUCCGUCCCAGUGAGACUGCAGGCCGGUAUGUGACGUAUCGAUUUGUCGUGUGAUCCACUGCGAUAAGCCUACUGUUAUGUUACCAUCAUUUGCCGGCUACGGACGAACUCGUAGUCGUGGCUGUAAGAUCCCUGGUUCCUGACAUUUCAACCUUUUAGUUUUAAAUAGUCAAUGCUGGAGUGGUGCUAGAAUAUUGCUGUUGAUUGAAAUCCAGACAUAGACAUUACUCAGCGUGGCUGCAUCACUGUGGACAGGUAGAGAAGUGAACAUUUUUAAGGAUAUAGUGCUUCGUUCUACCUUCUCAGUCAUUGUCUUUAAUUGUUGCACUAUUGCUGUACACAUUAAAUCCCUAGAAACAGAAAAUUAUGGGUUUAGCUUCUUAGUGCAAUAUUUUAUUUACCAAGUUGUCUACAUGGUUUGCCAGGCUGUCAGUAGCGGAUAGCUCUGGUUGUUUAUCACCAUGUGGAUUUUUGUAGUUUCAGCAUGCUUCAUCACUUAAUGAGAACUCUUAGUCAAGUUGUAACAAUUUAAAUUAUGAUUUUUUAA